AUGGCAAGGAUACAGGAUAGAGACUUCGACCCCGCAUGGCUGAUCAGGAUUGCCAAGACGCUCGGGCGCACGCAAGUGCAAGUCACGAAGCUCAUGACCGAGGCACUUACAACGCGGCUGAACAAAGAGGAGCUCACCGCCACACUCAGCGAGCCUCGUAACAUUGGUGUUGCCUUGGAUCUCAUCGGUGUUUACCUGAAGAACUACGAGAUAGACAAGUGCGACUACGUACUGGAUCGCGUGGUGCCCUUGGCACGGAAGAAGGGCGGAACAUGGCUCAUCAAGGCGUUGGACAAGCUCUGUGCGGUUCGGAUGAAGCAGUUCCGGGCCUAUGACGCCCUUAUGGCUUUGAAAGAGAUCGAGCAACUGGUGCCUUUCCGGCCAGAGGAGGGCUGGGAGUUCCAUGACAUCAUGUACAGAAACUUCGCGUGGUGCUAUUCUUCCCUUGACGAGGCCGAGAAGUGCCUCGAGUACACGCGGAAAAGCGUAGAGGUCAAGAAAACCAACGGCGUCCCGGCCACAUGGUUCGACAUCUGGGACCUCGGAAAGGCACAUGCGCGGCUAGGUCAAAAGACGCAGCAGCGGGAGGAGAUGAAGAUCGGCUCUCUCCUCGGCCCGGAUUCGAGGGCCUGCUAUCGCCUGCUGCGACCCAUGCUUGGACCGAUUUCCGGCUUCCUCGCCUUGCUCGGCACAUUGGUCCUCCAAGGCAGCGCCAAGGCCUUCGGGAGCAGGUCAGAGCUUCGACAGGCACUGGAGAGUUGGACUUUCGAUGCGGCCUCGAGGCCGCAGCUGAAAAAUGCCUGGGGUCCUAUUUGGGACUGGGACGUCUCGGCUGUAAGGGACAUGAGAGGCCUCUUCCAAGAUCUGAGCAGCUUCGAUGAAGAAAUCCAGUACUGGAACACAUCACAGGUAACUGAUAUGAGCCGCAUGUUCUACGGAGCAAGGGCCUUCAACCACCCAAUCGAGGCUUGGGACACAUCGGCAGUCCUUGACAUGAGCCACAUGUUUCGUGGGGCAUCAAGCUUCGACCGGCCGAUCGGAGCAUGGAACACCGCAGCGGUCAAGGACAUGAGCCAUAUGUUUCGCGGCGCUUCACAGUUCAACCAGCCCAUUGGCGCGUGGGACACCAACUCCGUGACCGACAUGAGCUACAUGUUUUACGCUGCUUCGCACUUCAACCAGCCGAUCGGAGCUUGGAACACUUCCGCAGUUGGUGACAUGAGUGGCAUGUUUGCGGAAGCCAGCCACUUCAACCAGGGCCUGCGCGACUUCGACUUCGAAGAUGAGAGCACGGCAGACAUCCGAGUCUCCCUUCACUGGCAUCGCCACCGAGACAGCAUUUGCAGGUGGGACACCUCGUCCGUGAAGAACAUGAGCUGGAUGUUUUAUUCUGCCUCGGAUCUCGACCGGACACUCUAUGUAACACGUGGCUUCCGUAGAGUGGCUCGAAUUGAGAAAACUCUCAUUUGCGCUAUUGGCAGAUGGAAUACCUCAGCGGUCAGGAGCAUGAGCCACAUGUUUCGUGGAGCUUCACAAUUCAACCAGUCAAUUGGCGCGUGGGACACCAACUCCGUCACCGACAUGAGCCAUAUGUUUCGUGGCGCUUCACAGUUCAACCAGCCCAUUGGCGCGUGGGACACCGACUCCGUGACCGACAUGAGCUACAUGUUUUACGCUGCUUCGCACUUCAACCAGCCGAUCGGAGCUUGGAACACCGCAGUGGUCAAGGACAUGAGCCACAUGUUUGGUUCAGCUUCACAGUUCAACCAGCAGAUCGGCACGUGGAGCACGUCAGCCGUGAAGGACAUGCGCCACAUGUUCCAUGGAGCUAGCAAAUUUAAUGAAUCCAUCGCCGCGUGGGUCACCGACGCAGUGACGGACAUGAGCUACAUGUUUUGCUUCGCUGAUGACUUUAACCAGCCAAUCGGUGCGUGGAACACGUCAUCGGUGACUAGCAUGGCAGGCAUGUUUGGUGGUGCUGUUCACUUCAACCAACCUAUCGGCUCGUGGAACACUUCCUCGGUCAUGGAUAUGAGUCGCAUGUUCAUCUAUGCAGUUGCUUUCAACCAAGCGCUCAGUGAAUGGAUCACAUCUGCUGUUCAAGACAUGAGCCUCAUGUUCGCGGAUGCCGCCAUCUUUAACCAUGCGAUCAGCACCUGGGACACAAGCUCCGUAACCAACAUGAGUUACAUGUUCGCAAGUGCAAUAUGCUAUGAUGGUCUGUUCUCGCAGCCGCCCACAACAAUAACAAGCUGGGUUGAUGGAGGAACAUUUAACCAGCCGAUUGGCACAUGGAACACUUCGGCCGUGACGGACAUGAGUUACAUGUUUUAUGGUGUGGACCUGUUGUCGUAUUCGGACUGGUGGCGUUGCAUGGGCGUAAACAUGUUCGACUCCCGCUUCCAAGGUUCGCCAAAUUCUUUCAACCUUUUCAACAAGCCGAUUGGUGGCUGGAACACAUCCGCUGUCACCAAUAUGAGCCACAUGUUUCAUCGAGCGAUUGCUUUUAACCAAGCGAUUGAAGCUUGGGACACCUCGGCAGUCAAGGACAUGAGCAAGAUGUUUACAGGUGCCAGAUCCUUCAACCAGCUUCUGUACACCUGGGAUGUGGAUCAGGCCCGUGGAGCAGACGCCAUCAUGGACCAGGCUGCCUUCUCGGAGGUGGCCAAGUGUGCCAUGUGGCAGUCGUGGCGUCCACCCUCUGGCAUUCCGAAGUCAGGUGGAGCAGCCUGUCCAGACUGUCAUCUCCGUGAUUGUCCCACUAACGACUUGGUUUGCAUUCAGGGUACCUGCAGACCUCUCAGCGAAGGCUUCAUCCAGCUCGGCAAAGCUCAGUGGGCCCAGCCUCUCUCUUCGUCAAGCGCCACUCGCGAGGGUUGCAGGGAUACUUGCCAGUCCUGGGCCAAUUGCUCAGGAUAUGUGCUGCAGCCGGACAGCUGUGUACUGCUCCAUGACAGCGGCUUCCCGGACAAGCAGAACCACACAGGUCAGAGCAUGGCAUUCGCAAAAUUUCAGUGCUCCACUUUCGCAUGCCCAGUUGGGAGCAAUCGGUCUGAAGCACCCGGCGACCCGGUCACUGCUGCUUCUUGCUGCACUUGUUUGCCACACCUGGUGGAGGAUCCAAGAGUCAAAGCUCCUGCUCUCGCCUGCACCUGCCCUCCUCACCAGUAUGCCAACCAUUCAGUGCAGAACGGGGAGAGAACGGUGCAAUGUCACAGCUGUGGCCCAGGCUACGAGCUGAAUCCCAGUGGCUGGGGCGCUCCUUGCAAGAAAUGCCCGAGCGGCACGCAUUCUACCGGCGCCGCCUGCACAGCGUGCCCUGCCUUUUCCAAGUGGAGCGGGGCUGGAUGCGCCUUCGACUGGGUGCUGUCGCUGAUUGUGCUUACUGCGGUUUUGAGUGUGGUGGCAGCGAUAAUCACGGUGAGGCGAAAGUAUAUGCGCCGAAAGGAGCUGCAGCGACAAAGGGAGCUGAGCGAGAGGGCGGUCCGCCAGCUCUGCCUGCAGGAGGAGGGCUUGCAACGGGCUCAGCGAGUAGAGGCCCGAAACCAGCAGGAGCUGAGGGUAGCACAAGCCGAGUCGCUCUGCGUCGAGCUGGAGCAGCGCGCGCAGCGCAGCCUGUUGGCCGGAGUAAGCAUGCGCUAUCUCUUAUCAGAGGACUUCACACAGCUAGCCCGAGACCGGGCCAGAAGCGAUGACCCAACUUUCAACGACCUGAAGGAAGCCUUCUGGCUCGGUGAAGCUCCGAUCGGUGAAGACGUCCUAUGUCCACGUGACAGACGCCUGGGGUGCGCACUGGUUGAUUGGAUUGCAGAAGCGGAUGCUCCACCGCAAACUCACUUCAUGUCGUGGACGUGGCGCUAUCGCUUGUCGCAGGUCCAGAAUGCGUUGGAGAUGUACCAGAAGCAGGCGACGAAUGCGACGAUGCUUCCGAACAUCGCUUUCUUCAUGUGCUUUUUCGUGAACAAUCAGUUCCGUGUAAUACUUGAAGAGAGCAGCUGCGACAACUUGGACACAGUGUUCCGGCAAAAUCUCAUGCGUUGCGGUCAGAUGGUGGCUGUUUUGGACACAUGGGAACAGCCUGUGUAUCUUUCGAGAGUUUGGACGAUCUACGAACAAUUUGUGGCAUCGUCUCUAGACAUCCCGGUCACCUUCGUGAUGCCUGAAGCUGCAGGCGCUUCCCUGCAAGAACAGAUCAUGCGUGGAGAAGUCGGCAUCACCAAGAUUACAAGCUCCAUCAGCAUGCUCGAUGUCGCAAAGGCAGAGGCAUGGAAACAAGAAGAUGAGAUCAAGGUCAAGGCUGCCAUCCAGGACAGCGUUGGCUUCGACCGCGUGAACAAGCAUGUGGCGCAAGUCAUGGUCCAAUGGAUCGGAGAGGUGGUGAAGGAUCAUUUUCAACAGCGCUUGCAGGCCGGGGAAAUCCAUCGAACAGCAGAGGCGAGCGACAGGCAUCAGCGCACCGUGCCCGGGUUCUACAGCGACAUUGUUUUUCGAAGUGUCGGAGGAUCUUCGCUGGCAACAGGCUCGAGGAUCAUGCUCGCCAAGAUCCUGUCCAACGUUGGCGAGGUGGCGAUGGGCAUCGGUGACAGCCUCUUCUUGGAAGACAGCAAAGAGGACUCGACGCGAAGGAAUGGCGUCUCGGAUGCAGAUCGGUACGAAAAAGCGGAGGACCCUCUCAGGGAGUAUGAGCUUCACGUCACAGCCCUUGGGCCCAUGAAGCCGCUGGCGGGCUGGCAGGCAGGCACCAUGGCUCAUUGCAUGGUUCGCCUGGAGCGCUACUCGGAGGAUUUGGUGGAGCAAGGUACCGACAAGGGGACUUGUCACUCGAAGCCCUACAUUGACGUGCAGCUCAACGUUUCAGCUUUGGCUCGGGACUACUUGGCCUUGGCCCUCAGGGUCGAGUGCACCAAGGCCCAGGGCGGGCGCUUAGUGUGGAUUUACGUUGCUGGUACCAUGAUGGAGCGCAGUGGGAUGUCUUUGCGCAACUGCACCGUGAGACUGACGUUUGCCAAGCCUUUCACUGUUCAGCGGCACACUCGACGGGCAGACAAGCCGGCUCAUGCAACGGUUGAAGAGCGGGAAAGGGCUGGGAUCGGCGAGAAAGGGACGUCUUCGCGCUCUGAACUUGGUGAUUUUGACAUGCUUGUGAUUCGUGAGCUUUGCCGGUUCAGGCGAGUCUCAACUGUCAUGCUUCUGGCUGAUGACGGAAAAGGACAGUUCAUCGGCAAAGCCUUGACGUGCCUAGAAGAGGCACGCGGCCAAACCCCAGAACUGGAUGUCAUGAGUGAAGUUUACUGGGACCCCAAAGCCGGAGUUCCGACACUGAGACGAUACGUCGCGCAAGACUCUGCCCUAGGGGGCAAUAUCAGUAAAACCUCCAGUCUUGAAGUGCUGCAGGCUGCGAAUAACUUGCAAAUCUUCUGUGGAGAAGCAGCACAGCUCGUCGGGAGGCAGUGCCAGACGAAGGAGACGAGGAGGAGCUGUUUCGACGAUGCAGUGAGACCAGUUUUACUUUCUGUUGUGAUCACGCAUGACGGUCGGUCCCAGUCGCCCAUGCACCACGGAACCAUGGUCUUUGGAGUGGAGCUCAACUUCCCUGACAAUUUGGAGGAUGAGAAGGCGCGGAUGAAGAAGAAGAAAUUCGGGCCCCAGGUGGACAAUGCAGGAGAGCUCCUGGAGCAGAUCCGCUCCAGCAUUAAGAUUCUCAAGGAAAUCUGCGAUUUUGAUGAGAAGCCACGGAGAGCCAAGGCAAAGAGGGCAGCAAAGGCGGGCAUACUGCUGCGCGUUCUGUUUGUCUGCAUGUGGCAGGGCUGCGGGCUGCGGGGCUUGGAUUGUUACAUGGUUGGCGCCAGGGUAGUCGAUUUCGACUUCGCGGAGCAGGAUGCCUCGGAUCUCUUCGCUGUACUUACAACGGCAGGGUUGGGCAUUCAGGGCUUCUCGCGUCGGCCGGUCCAAGUUGGGUUGUGUCAGUAUUUGGAGAAGGUCUGCUUGCCAUUUGCGAUUCCUAGUGUCGCCGAGACACCUGACUUGUUUGUAUUGGCACAGCUAAGCCUAGUUAGCGACAGCUUGGAGGACGGUAACGUGUACGAGCUCCGAGCCCUGAAGUUAGUCAGACGGGACGUCAGCCUUCUGCACCGGCCCGGAGCCCUGGACAAGGGUUUUGGCGCUAGGAAGAGGUCCCGGCUGCGAGAGAUGCACCAAGCGACGAAGCUGUGGAGGCCGAAGUACGAGAAAAGGAUUGAGGAAUCUUCAGGCGCUGCAGCCGCAGCUGUUAAGUUUCUCGACAAAGCAGCGGCUGCGACUGCCGAUUAUGUACAGAAGGCUUGGACGAGGUGGUUGUCCCGGCUGGGUGGCCUAGUGCCGGGAAUUGAACGUGACAACAACGAUGAGACGACAACGGCCGUGCUAAUAGCAGCCUUUCAGAACAAGCAGUUGCUAUCCCGUGUUCUUCGGGAGUUGCGGGCCCUUGCCACGGAAGCUCGUUCCGCACCUACUCAUGCCUCUAAGCAGUACCGCGGAGGAGCCUGCAGCCCCGACGAAUGGGAUGAAGGCUCCCUUUGCGACUUGUGUUUCGUCUGGGCAGCUGCUAGGCCAGCCCUGGCCGUAGCCGAGACGGCGGAGGAGGGCAUGACAUCGGAGCGAAUAACGCUGGUCGACGGAACCUCCGUCGAGAUCCUCCGUAGCCCCAAGAUGACGGAUGUGCAGUGGCAAGAGACGAAGACGUACUUGCAGAACAAUCCGUCUGAGACAAAAAAGCUUAUAGAGCACUCCACAAACCCCGACCGCAUCCGAAAGCAGAAGAUGAUGCGAGCGAUCGCAGACGUCUGGCAAGGUCAGAUUGAUGACAGCAACCAGGACUUUGCCAAGAGAAUGAAAGACUUGGAGCAGGAGCCCGAGUUCGAGGAGCUGUUCAAAGCUGUGAAGGACUAUCAGGUUCAGCAGAUCCGACAGUAUCUGGAUGACAGCGAGCUCAUGCAGAAAAUUAGCGCCAAGAUGGGAGGUGUCCCGGAGCAGGCGAAGCCGCAGUUGGAGAGUCUGCGAAAGACGCCGCUGACUCUUCAGGAGGCCUGCAAGUUCGGCGAUCUGGACGCAGUGAAAAAUUACCUCACGGAGACGGACAGCCACCCCGGCAGCCGUGAUCUAGAAGCCAAAGACCAACGUGGAGUAACAUGUCUAGGUUAUGCUGUGGGUGCUGACCGCAUGCCGAUUACCCAACUCUUAGUCGAGGUCAAAGCUGACCUCAAUUGCGUGGACAAGGCCGACAACAGCAGCCUCCACUAUGCUGCGGGCUAUGGCCGCCAGGAGAUUCUGGAAUAUCUUCUGAGCCAGAAGGCUAACCUCAACAAAGAGAACAGCA